CCGCCAAAUCGGGUUCAGGAAACUAUCAUAGCGGACAAUGAAAUUAUUAUUCUUACAUCUACUCUCUUUGUGACCUCGUUAAAUUUCAAAGUCAAGUGUUACAUAAUGGCUCUUCUCCAAAUAAAAACCGUAUUUAGUAGGUUAAACUGCAAAUUGCAUCAUAUGUUUAAAAAGGGAAAGUGGCGAAAAAACGACCGAUAUUACCCGUUUAAAACACGCCGAGAGAUUCGUAUACUUCCGCAGAAGGUGAAAGUUUGUAUGGAUGCAGGUUUUAUGUUUUAAAUCGGUCUUUUAAAACUGCUUCAAAGAAUGCGAUCAAAUUUAUUUUUUUCAUCCGUGCGUCGCCGCACCGUGCCAGACUUAUUGUUAACAUUCGUAACGACGAACAUAACAAUAGAUCGAAAUUUUUAUACGAUUUGACACAAAAUAUGAUAAAUAAUCAUAACAUUAGACAUAAAGUCGGACCUUUUUCGGAAGUCGAUAACAAUAUAUCACCGGACUAAAUGGUUUUUAUUCCUUUAUAAAACAACAUUGUGUUCGGUGCUAAAAUGCUUUCGGUGUAGAGGCUAUGAAUUACAGUUUUUCCAAGGAAAGUCGUUGCUUAAAGUGGACCCAAAGGAUGGCUAAACGACCAGGCGCCGCAAAAUUCGUUUAGUUCGGUCUACAUCUCUGUUGGGAAUUUAAGCUGGAACUAAUUAUAACCCUGUAAUUAGUCUUAACAAAGAAAUUCUCUAAUUCCGAAUUAAUUGAUAAUUAAAUUUAUUGUAUCAAAAACAAAUUUGGUUUUAGAUAUGUACUUGGUAGUAGCAUUGAUAGCAAUAAUCCUCGGACUCUUAGCAUAUUUGGAUACGCGAAAACCAAAGAACUUUCCACCCGGACCAAAAUGGUUACCUCUAAUUGGAUCCGGAUUGGAGAUAAUGAAAGAGAGAAAACGCGCCGGACAUUUAUUCAAGGCCACCGCUGAAAUGGCUGAGAAAUACGGUCCAGUUUUAGGAUUAAAGUUUGGCAAGGAUAAACUAGUCGUUGUUUAUGGCACUGAGGCCGUUAAGGAGUUUCUCUCAUCGGAGGAUCUUGCAGGAAGACCGUACGAUGAGUUUUACAGAAUGAGGACCUUCAAUAAAAGGAGAGGCAUCCUUCUGGUGGACCAAAACUUUUGGCAAGAGCAACGAAGAUUUAUGCUACGUCAAUUGAAAGAAUUUGGUUUUGGAAGGAAGAGCAUGUCUUCUUUAAUAGAAGAAGAGGCGGCUCACAUGGUGGAAUAUUUAAGGGAAACAAUCCGUAACAACGACUCGAACAUUUUCAAUAUGGAAAUGAUUUUCAACGUUCCAAUCCUCAAUACCCUGUGGAAAAUGAUUGCAGGAACACGUUACCACCCCGAUGACAAAGAACUUGGUAAAAUUAUGAAUAUUAUGGCCCAAUUAUUCGCUGCUGUCGAUAUGAGUGGUGGAUUGUUCAGUCACUUCCCAAUUUUAAAAUAUAUCGCACCAGAUAUGUCCGGAUAUAAUUUGAUGGUGCAAUUACAUAAGGAAGUUUACGCUGUAAUUAGGAGAGUGCUGGAAGAACACAAAGCGACUCAUAAUCCGGACGACCCGAGGGAUUUAAUGGAUGUUUAUCUGACUGUUUUGAAUGAGAAAGAUAAGGGCAAAAGUUUUUCAGAAGAACAGUUGAUGGCAGUGUGUUUGGAUAUGUUUAUGGCAGGUUCUGAGACAACCAGUAAUUCUUGUACCUUUGGUAUUCAGUAUUUAAUAUUGUAUCCGGAAGUCCAGGAAAAAGCAAGAGAGGAGAUCGAUAGGGUUGUUGGUAAGAAUAGAUGUGUGACGCUUGACGAUAGGCCGAACUUACCAUAUUUAGAAUGUGUUGUUCUGGAAACACUGAGAAUGUUUUCAGGAAGAGUUUUUACCGUUCCGCACAGAGCAUUGAGAGACACGUAUUUACAUGGAUAUUUUAUUCCAAAGGAUGUUCAGGUAAUUGCAAACCUUCACGGAUGUAUGAUGAAGCCUGAAAACGGGUUCAAGGAUCCGGAAGUUUUCAUACCUGAAAGAUACAUGAAGGAUGGAAAGAUCACCAUGCCUGAAACAUACUUACCAUUCGGAAUGGGCAAACAUAGAUGUAUGGGAGAGACUUUGGCGAGGGCGAAUGUGUUUUUGUUUUUGGGAACGAUGUUGCAGAAUUUUGUGUUUAGUACGGUGCCCGGAAGUCCUCCCGACAUGAAAAUGACAGACGGUGUGACGCCGGCGUUAAGACACUAUAAGGCGAAGAUUAUUCCUAGAGUUUGAUUGAGUAAAGCUGUUUAUUUAUUGAGUGUUUUUGAUUUUAUCACUUCUGUGUUGUUAUUUUUAAUAAAAUCUGUU